UGUUGAAAAGUAAUAUAGAGUUUUUAUCGUUAAAGCGAGUCCUCGUUAUAAGUGUACGAUCCCGUAUGAGUAUAGCAUCGUAAUGCGUUAUCUUAAAUAUACCUUAAAAUAUGAUCCUCUAUAACAAAUCGACCCCGGUGAAGAUGGGAGUGGCAAGACACACCCUAGUCAGGCUAUAUAAUAUCCUAUCGAACAUCCCAGAACGUAAAAGUCCGGUAACAACCCUUCAGUCACGAUAAAAUACAUCUCAGAGGUAACUCCGUUUGAUUUUUCUAAACGAAGUACUUCACUCGUUCUUUUUUUGUUGUUAUUUUUCUUCGAAAUCAUUAACAAGAGAAAAAAGGAAAAGGAAAGAAUUCAAGAAGCGAACGAUGGGAAAUAAAGUAGCUACAUUCUCCGAGGAACAAUUGGAAGAUUAUCAAGAUUGUACAUUUUUCACGCGUAAAGAAAUUUUAAGGAUAUUCAAACGUUUUCGAGAAAUGGGUGAUCCAGGAAUGGUUCCACGUACGAUGACGUCACAGGAAGCAUCAACUCUGCGCUUACCGCUGUCAUGUCUGGCACGUAUUCCAGAACUCAAGGAAAAUCCAUUUAGAGAACGAAUUUCAGAAGUGUUCACAAAAAGCAACAUAAGACAACAAUCAGAAAAUACCGAAGGUAUUUGUUUCGAAGAUUUCCUCGAGAUGAUGUCUGUCUUCUCAGAGCAGGCACCGCGGGAUCUGAAGGUCUUUUACGCCUUUAAGAUUUACGACUUCGACGAGGAUGGAGUUUUAAGUGUCGGUGAUUUGGAACGCACCUGUCGGCAGCUGAUCCAAGAUGGUCUAACUAGCGAGGAAGUAUACACCGUGUGUCAAAAAGUUUUAGAGGAAAGUGACAUUGACGGUGAUGGAGCUCUCUCAUAUCUCGAUUUUGAACACGUUGUGACUAGAGCACCAGAUUUCAUCUCGACAUUUCAUAUAAGGAUAUAAAUCUCAUCUCGUUUGAUCAAGAGAAAAAAAAAACGAAAUAAAAGUAUCACAAAGUUAAAGAACUUACUCAAUAGCAACUAAAUACACGGAUUAAAUUGCGUUUAACGAGCAGCAGGAAUAAAGACGCGUUCGUUUACAAUUAAUGGCGGCGAAAAAGCGUCAUGGAAAAACAUCGGCCAGUGAACGUUAUUUCGCAAAACUCAUGGGAUAAUUAUUACCUUGGUAAGAGUCCGUACCGAAGAGUUACUACUAUAUACCCUGUUACACGUUACAGGCAUACUUUCUUGCACGGGUUCUGCGAGUCGCCCCUGUUGAGCAACAACGAGCAAUGCCGGGGAUAAGUAAGCAGGCCAUUCAUUCUUCCUUUAUACGAGAGUAUCGGAGACCGUAGGAAAUCUUACAUAGGAUUUUAUGAUUUUAAGAAAGUCAUAAGAUACCAGGAGGUCCUUGAGAUUGACAAUAUUUUUAUUUAAUAAUCAAAUACAAAAAAUAUCAAUGAUGACUAUCACAUUAAAACAUAUAAAGAACACCUCUUAAAGAGUUAAUCAAUUAUAUUUCAUAGAUUAUAAUAAAAAAAAUAGAUACAACAAAGCUAGAUAUUUCGUAGCUUAAAUCUUAAAAGGUUUAAAAAAAGUAAGAUAUUAGUCAAGAAUUAGAUAGAAGGAGAAAUUUUGAUCAAGCUGGUUUCGCAGUUUCUUUCCCUCUCUCUUUUUCUCUCUCUCUCUCUCUCUCUUUCUUUCCCUCUCUCUCUCUCAACGACUUCAGAGAUAGUCAGACUCUUGCGAGCAUCGAGGAGCCAUCGUGUACGAGCCGUCGUCCCUUUCGAUCGUUCUCUCUCCUUCUCCCUAUUACUCCUUGUCUGUCUCUUUCUCUCUCUCUCUCUCUCUCUCUCUCUCUCUCUCUCUCUCUCUCUCUCUCUCUCUCUCUCUCUCUCUCUCUCUCUCUCUCUUUCUCUUUCUCUCUCCUUCUCCUUCUCCUACUGCUGCUGCUGCUGUGGCGGGGUUUGGUCGUCUCAAAAAGCGGUCGAAAUCGGAGAUACCACCCUGUGGCACGGCGGGUUAUAGUCGGCCGCACGGUAACUAACCGAGUCUCGAGACCAAGGCCAUCCGGUCACUUCUCGUCCUCUCCACCAGUCUUGGUGUCCGACCCCUUUCCCCGUAGAAGCUUGCUCCGUGAGGAGGAGCAGGAGCCAUUGCUUCAACAUUUCAACAUUUUCUCUCUCUUUCUCUUUCUUAGAAUAUACGUAUAUAUAUGCGUAUGAUGUGUAUAUAUAUAUAUAUGUAUGGGAUAUAUAUAUUUCUUUUAAAAUAAUCUUUUAGUUUUACUUGCUCAUUUCAUUGUUAUAUUUUACUUUAAUCUUAUUCCAUACGAUGAUAAUAGUCAAGAAGGUUAAAUAAACUCAAUCAGUCUUUUUUCUCUCUUUUUCUUUCUUUCUUUCUCUUUCUUCCUCUUUCUAUCUGUUGGUUGUCGAGCCAACCGGCUUCCAUGGCAUGCUUCUAUGCAUUCUUCGGCCUCCUCGACGUGGCUCGUCUCGACAAGUCCAGAGCCCUCGGGGGCGGGCAAAGAGAGAGAGGAGGGGCAAGGGGGAAGGUGGAGGGAACAGACGAGAUGAGAAGUCAGAGAGAAGAGGAAUGAGAAGGCAAAGAUCGCGGGUGGACGACGAGCAGAAAAAGGGAGAGGUGCUGGACUCUCCAGCCGAUGGAGGGAGCUUGAGAAGUGGCGGAGGGCAGAGAUUUGAACCUGACUUUUACGUCGGUCCCGCCAACUACGGACCCAGCUAAGGCCCUGGCGUGGGCGAUCUCUUCUCCUUCAGAGAGUAAAAGAGAGAAAGACAGAGAGAAAUCUCUCGAACCUUCGCAAGGGCCUUAACCUAUACCUCUGUCAUUGACACCUUUAGGGAUUGUGAUAUUUCGUUAUACUAUUUUUUUUCGAUCGAAAAGAAUUCGAAUUGAAAAAAAAAGAA